AUGUCCUCAAUAGAGCAGCUUUAUUCAACAACUCAAUUCCCUUCAUUAUCUUCUUGCAACACCAACAUUAAUAAUACUAAUAAUAAUAAUAAUAUUAAUAAUAUUAAUAAUAACACUAAUAUUAAUACCGGAAACCUUUUGAAAAAUACAUUUUUUAAAAAUAAUAUUAUUUAUAAUACAAAUAACAACUCAAUUAAUAAUAAUUCAAAUAAUAAUAUUAUUAAUAAUAAUAAUAAUAAUUUAUUAAAUAGCAACAACCAAAAUUCUUUUCAAAACCAAAAUAACUUAAACAGUAUUCAUAACCACAACAACAACAACAACAACAACAAUAGUAAUAAUAAUAAUACUAGUAAUUCAGAAAACCUCGAUUCCUUAAAAUCAGCUUUAUUAUCUAGUAAUAUUUUUAACGGUUCUUCAUCGUCAAUCGCCCAUCAAAAUUUAAUUAAUUUAAUUAUUAGUAGUCAAAAUAAUAACAAUAAUAACGGUAAUAGCAAUAGCAAUACACCUGAUCAAAAAUCAACAAUGGCCGAUAUCUUAUUAAACUCUUCUGUUCCUGAUUAUUUUGAAUGGUGUUCUGAUAUCAUUAACAUGCCAAAAGAUGGUAAUGAAAAAUCAAAUAACUCAAAUGGUGGUAAUAAUAAUGGUAAUAAUAAUGGUAAUAACAACAACAAUCACAACAAUAAUAAUAAUAAUAAUAGUAAUAAUAAUAAUAAUAACAAUAGUGAUUCAGUACCAUCACCACAAAAUAAUUACCAAUCACCACAAUCUGAUAAUCAAUCAUCAAUGGUACCAAGUUUUAAUUUCUCUAAUCAAAACUCUGCUAACAGCAGCAACAACAACAACAACAACAAUGGUAGCAGCAACAACAAUAACAAUGUUCGUUCUGAACCAACUACUCCAAAUGAUGAGUCCAAUAACAAUAGCAACAACACUAAUAAUAAUAAUAAUAAUAAUAAUAAUAAUAAUAAUAAUCAACAACAACAAUUAUCAUCGAACCAAAACUCAUCACCAUUGAUUUACUCUGUUCCAUCCUACUAUGUUCCAAAUUAUGGUGUUGUUCUCUCUGCUCCAAUGAAAGGUAAUUCAAGUUCUUCUAUUUUACCACCACAAGCUUGGCCACAAAAUAAUAAUAACAACAAUGGUAAUAGCAAUAGCAACAAUGGAAACAAUAAUGCCAGUGGUUUCUCUGAUUUCAUGUUCAAUGGCUCUAACAUUGACUACAACUCAAUCAUGAACAAUAAUAAUAAUAAUAAUAAUAAUAAUAACAACAACAACAACAACAACAACAACAACAACAACAAUAGUAAUAAUAACAACAACAACAGCAACAACAACAACGGCAACAAUGGUGGUAUGUUUAAUGGAGGAUUUGUUAACAAUAACAACCAUAAUAAUAAUAACAACAACAAUAAUAACAAUGGUAACUUAAACUUCCACAACUUUUUACAAUUCCAAAACCAACUCCAAAAUUCAAAUCAACAACAACAACAACAACAACUACAACAACAACAACAAUUACAACAACACCAACAACAACAACAACAAUUACAACAACAACAAUUACAACAACAAUUUAAUAUUGGCAAACCAUGUAACAUUAAUCAAAAGAAAGGUAGAGGUGCUAAUAAUAAUAAUAACAACAUGCCAAUUGGUAAUCAAGCAAGUUUAGUUAUUAGUCAUCCUAGUUUAAAAAUGGAAGGUCAUCAUCAUUUACAACAACAACAACAACAACAACAUCAUCAUCAACAUCAACAACAUCAACAAAAUGGAAAUGGUAAUAAUACACAAAUUGUAAAUUCAGCAUUCUUAGAUUUAUCAUCACCAGAUUCACAUAAUCAAAUGUCACCAUCAUCACCAAUUUGUUUACCAGAAAGUCCAAUGGGUGCUCAACAUUGGGAGAGUGGUUUAGAUCCAUCAAGUUUACAAAAACAAAAUGAAAUUAAUCCACCAAUUUCCGUUCGUUCCAAUGUCGUUUUCUUUGAACCAUACUUGGCCGGUGAACCAGGCAGACACAAGGCAUGUUGGAAUCUCCUCGAACCAAUGCAUAGAAACUACUACCAACCAAUCCAAUUCAAAUUACCAUCAUUCCCAGACACUUCAUUACCAAUCACACAAAUCGAUGAUAAAACCGGUAUCUUUGAUUCUCAACGUUUCCUCGCAUUCAAUAAUCCACAAGCCAUGAGUAAAUAUGAAUCCUAUCGUAUCUACAUUCAUCCUUCACUCGGUUACAGUGGUAAUGCAAAGAGAUUCAAACAACAACCAGAUGUCAAUGAGAAAGCUUUGAUUUUGGAUGGCAAUGUCUACGAUGGACAUUUAAAUCCAAUUUACAACUGUAAAAUCUGUACCGAAUAUUAUCAAACCAAAUCUUACUUUUCCGCUAAUCCACAUGCAAAAGGUAAAGUUCUUUUGGUCAAAAAUAACAUAUUAACUCGUGUCAAAGAUGGUGGUUUCACUCUCUCCUUAAAGCCAAUGUGUUGCAGUGGUCAUAACUCUCAUAUCCCACUCUACUUUCACUUUACCCUUACAAAUCCACUCACAAAUGAAGUUGUACUCCAAUCACUCAUUAAUGUUAAUGUUAAGCAAUGGAAAAAAUCAGUUCCAAAUAAAUCGAAAAAACAAAGAUUUGAAUAA